ACCGUAUGACGUCACUUCCGUCCGCAAACAGCUGUUCGGCCCCGAGAACGAGAGCGGCAGAACGCUGCGGUUGUGGAGGGGGGGCCAUUGGGCAAGAGUCAGAGCCAGAGAGAGAGAGAGGGGGGGUGGCAUUAGCAACCUCGCUGCUAACUCUUCACAAGCGCCAGUAAGCAAUAAACCUGCGCCGCCACCGCUAGCUUACACACUCGUAGCAGCGCAUCUACGCGUGAGAACGACCACUCCGCCUGGUGUGUGUGCGGGCACGCCGUUGCUUGCUGCUGCUGCUUUGCUCGCUGCCGCCGGAGGAAUUGCUCAAGUUUUGUCACGUCGGAUAUUGACAUUGUGCACGGCGGAGCCAUGCUGGGCCCAUACUGUGAGGGCGGGCGGCCGGUGAGCGAGGCGUGGGUGGACGGCGGCGUGUCCCCCUGUCUGUACCGCACGCUGUGCGGGGCUGUGCCGCCGGGCGCCCUGCUGCUGCUGGGCGCUGUGCAGGGCGUCCGCUUUGCCCGCCGUGCCGUGCUCAUGGAGCCCAAGUUCGUGCCGCGAUCGCUGCUGCACCGCCUGCAAGUUCUGCUCACCGUCGCCAUGGCGGCGCUCGCGGUGGCGUACGGCGCGUACCAUGGCGCGACCGCACGCGGCGGCGUCGCGGGCUCCGUCGUGGCGUACGCCACUCUGUCUGCGGUGGGCUGGGCGGCCUCGCUGGCGCUGCUGGGCCUCGAGAGGCGACGCGCGCUGCCGGGAGACCGCGUGCGCGGCCAUGGCGCCGCGCUGCUGGGGUUCUGGGGGCUGGCGUUCGCGGGAGACACCGUCGCCUUCGUCUCGUGGAGCAGCGAGCUGUGGUGGUGGCGGCUCGGCAGCAGCGAGCAGAAGGUUGACUUUGGGCUGUGGCUGUCCCGCUUCGUGUGCGGCCUGGCGCUCUUCAUCCUGGGGCUGCGGGCGCCGGGGUUGCCCCCCCGACCCUACUCCGUGCUCAUCAAUGAGGGCGAGCGGGACGUGGAACAGGCGAGGCCCCUGCUGGGGGACGCUGGUGCGGCGCGAGCGGCGCCGAACGCCUCCGCGUGGACCGACUUCCGCAAGAAGGUGCGCCUGCUGGUGCCGUACAUGUGGCCGCGGGGCAGCGUGCGUCUGCAGCUCGCCGUGCUGCUCUGCCUGGUCAUGCUGGCGGGCGAGCGCGUCGUAAAUGUGUUCGUGCCGCUCUACUACAAGAACAUCGUGAAUGACCUCACGCAGGAGGCUCCCUGGAGCACCGUGGCCUGGACUGUGGUCACCUAUGUGGGGCUCAAGUUUCUGCAGGGCGGAGGGGCGGGCUCGUCCGGCUUCAUCAGCAACUUGCGCACCUUCGUGUGGAUCCGCGUGCAGCAGUUCACGAACCGCGAGGUGCAGGUGCAGCUCUUUGAGCACCUGCACUCGCUGUCGCUGCGCUGGCACCUGGGCCGCAAGACGGGCGAGGUUCUGCGCAGCGUCGACCGCGGCACCAGCAGUAUCAACAGCCUGCUCAGCUACAUUGUGUUCAGCAUUUUGCCCACGAUCGUUGACAUCGUGAUCGCCAUCAUCUACUUCGUCACGUUCUUCAACGCCUGGUUCGGCCUCAUUGUCUUCGUCUGCAUGUGCGUCUAUCUCGGCAUAACGAUCGCGAUCACGGAGUGGAGGACAAAGUACCGGCGUGAGAUGAACACCAAAGAUAACCAAUCCAAGUCCAAGGCUGUGGACUCGCUGCUCAACUUCGAGACGGUGAAAUACUACAAUGCUGAGAGCUAUGAAGUACAAAGAUUCAACCAGACCAUUGUGGAAUAUCAGGAUGCCGAGUGGAAGACCAACGCUUCUCUGGCCGUGCUGAAUCAAGCGCAGAACGUGGUGAUUGCCCUGGGCCUCCUGGCCGGCUCCCUGCUCAGCGCCUCCUUCGUUACCCACAAGAAGCUACAGGUGGGCGAUUUUGUGCUGUUUGGAACGUACAUCAUUCAGCUCUACGUGCCUCUUAACUGGUUCGGAACGUAUUACAGGAUGAUCCAGAGCUCCUUUAUCGACAUGGAGAACAUGUUCGAGCUGUUUGGCGAGGAGAAAGAGGUGGUGGACGAUGUCAACGCGGUGAGUCUGCAUCUCGCCCAUGGCAAGGUGGAAUUCGACAACGUCUCUUUCAACUACGUCAACGGGAAGGACAUCCUGAAGAAUGUAUCAUUUACUGUGCCUUCAGGAAAAACCAUCGCUCUGGUUGGUCCAUCGGGUGCAGGGAAGAGCACUGUCAUGCGUCUGCUAUUCCGGUUCUACGACGUCAAAUCCGGAUGCAUCAGCAUUGAUGGUCAAGACAUCUCCAAGGUGAAGCAGAAGUCUCUGCGGCAGCACAUCGGGGUGGUGCCGCAGGACACGGUGCUCUUCAAUGACACGAUCCGCAACAACAUCCGCUACGGCCGUGUGACGGCGAGCGACGAGGAGGUGGAGGAGGCGGCGAGGGCUGCGGACAUUCACGACCGCAUCCUCUCCUUCCCGGAGGGCUAUAACACGCAGGUCGGGGAGCGCGGCCUCAAGUUGAGCGGUGGGGAGAAGCAGCGCGUGGCCAUCGCACGCACCAUCCUCAAGGCCCCUGAACUCAUCCUGCUCGAUGAGGCGACGUCCGCUCUCGACACGCAGACGGAGCGGAACAUCCAGGCCUCUCUGGCGAAGAUCUGUGCCAACAGAACCUCCGUGGUGAUAGCUCACAGACUCUCGACCAUCAUCAACGCAGACCAGAUACUUGUGCUGCAGGACGGCCAGAUUGUGGAGAGAGGGAGGCACGAUGAGCUUCUGACCAAAGGGGGCAUCUACACAGACAUGUGGAGCAAGCAGUCCCAAGAGGCCUCGUCUGAGUCCGACACGGAGACCAAGGACAAGAGCUCGGAGAAGCUGCAGCCGGCGAGCAGGAACCCACAACGCGGGCACCACGCACACCACCACUGAGAGACCGACACGGGGCCAUGGCACAGCCCCAUUCCAGCCCUGCCCGUGAGCAAGGGAGAAACUCGCUGAUGGACGAGCCUGUCAGCCCGCCUGUGUGAUUGUCUCUACCUCCACACCAUACAUGCGGGAACGCUCAUGGUUCCGUGUCGGCGCUACCGAUGACACAUCCAGAGUUUAGCUCGCGGGCAAAACCUACCCGAUAAUAAGUGUGUGUUAUGGUGCAAGUUUAAGGUAUAUUCGCGUGUGUAUUGCGCGCGUGUGUGUGUGUGUGUUUGGUAGAUCGGUGCGCUUGAGCACAACGGAUGUUAUCUUCACUACUCUGAUGUGGAAUUAUUCUGAAUUUACGGAAGAGGAUCAAGAGUUGUAUACGGUGACAUUGGCAUGAUUCCCCACAGUCUGACAGUUAUUGGAUGUUGUGGAAGGACCUUAAGUGCAAAGAUCUGAUAAACAGCUUCUUCAGGGACAUGGGAAGAGAAUUUGAAGAGAGAACUGCAGCUCAAUGGAAACAAACCUCGAAAGUUUUUCAAUCGGCUUCUCCCCUCUAUAGUUGGCUCCGGUCCCUGGAGUGGAGAGUUUGAUAGUGUGCUGUUCGUGUUUCUGAAUAUAUCUUUGCACAUUCUCUAAAGUUGUCAAUAUUCAAAGAGAAAAUCACUUUUUUUCUGUGUCGCAUAGGUUGGAAUUAUUUGUUAUCAGGAUGUUCUUGCACGCUUUAACAAUUGUUGUCGUACAUUUAUGCUUGCUGAUCUAUUAUUGUUUUGCAGCAAGCCGAUAGAUCUUUGUGUGUCAUCUGUAAACUUGUAUUUCAUAUCAGGCACAAAAAACAUGUUAUUGUAUGGGAA